AGUGAGUGAAGUGGUGGUCUCUCAGGGAGAGAGACACGGUAAGUACCAAGGUCCUGAGGGAUAGGAAGGUAGAUAUACCUCAGUGUCUGCUAUAAAAACUACCAGCGCAUGGACCUGCAGAGACAAAGUAACAAUAACAGCCACUUGUGCUCCGAUACAGAUCUCCUAAAGAGUAGAUCACCCGUGAAAGACAAUAGUUAGGAACAGAACAGCAGCAGACCUACAAAGGGUCAGGAGGGUGUUGAAGUCUAUUUAGAUGCUGACGAGGACCCAGACAAGCUGAACAGAGACAGACGUUCCCAUUUGAGAAAACUCUACAAUGACAGCUGCAGCUCAGGAACUGGACGAGCUAUGUUUCCUCUCAGCCCAGUCCAUGUCCACUCUGGAGACCUCCAACCACUUUCAGAUGGUCAAGCUGCUGGGAGAGGGAUCCUACGGCAAGGUCAUGCUGGCCGUCCACAAGAAGAGAGGCACUCCCAUGGCUCUGAAGUUCUUCCCCCGCCAGUCCACAUCCCUCUUCUCUUUCCUGCGUGAAUACAACCUCUCCCUUUCUUAUUGCACUCAUCCCUCUCUCACCCGGGCCCUGGGUAUCUUCUUCUCCACCCCCUGCUACUACGUCUUCGCCCAGCAGGCUGGUCUCUAUGGAGACCUCUACAGUGUCAUCGUGUCAGAGGUGGGUGUAGAUGAAGAGUGUGUCCAGAGGGUGAUGUCUCAGCUGAGUGGUGCCGUCUCAUACCUCCACUCCAUGGGCUUCGUCCACCGGGACAUCAAACCAGAGAACAUCUUCCUGUGUGACCGUGCCUGUCGCUGGGUCAAACUGGGUGACUUCGGCCUGGCUCGCCCCACUGGCUGCACCGUCCGCGCCGUCUGGUACGACUCGCCCUUCUGCACGCCUGAGGUGGAGCAGGCCAAAGAGUCUGAGAAAGUGAGGGAGCAGAGAGAGGAGGAUGGAGAGGAGGAGGAGAACAUUUGGAUCACAGUGGAGACCACUAUAGACAGCUGGGCCCUGGGCGUGCUGGUCUACUGCCUGCUGACGGGAUGCUUUCCCUGGGAAGAGACAACCCACGAUGACCCCGCCUACCGGAGGUACAAGGAGUGGUACGACCGCGAGACGGAGAGGGAGGAAAGGAGCGAGGGGCUGAGAGGGGAAAAGGAAGUAAUUUGGUGUGAAGGUGAAAGUGAAAAGGACAAUAUCCUGAGCCUGGAGAAGAAUCAGAAGUUGAACCCUAUGGCCCCACAAUUUGAAGGCUUCAGCCCACUGGUGAUGUCUCUUUUCAGGGAGCUGCUUAACCCACAGCCCAGGCUUCGAGGAGGCCCUGACGAGAUCCUCAGCUACCUGGGUGGGCCCUGGUUGAUGGAGACAGAGAGAGAGGAGAAGAGGAAAGCAGAGGAGGUAGAGAAGGAGGCCAGGAAAAUAAGAGAGGCAGGAACGGUGGAGGAAGGGAGGGAGAGGGAGGGAAGAGGGGAGAGAUAAAGUGUUUCAUAAUACAUUUACAUUUACAUUUAAGUCAUUUAGCAGACGCUCUUAUCCAGAGCGACUUACAAAUAGACAGGUUCGAGAAUUUUUAAGAUGUACUGUACAUUUUUGAAGACAAUAUUUGCUUUAUAGAGGUUGAUAUUCUGAAUAUUUUGCUGAACAUUUCUUACUCUCUAUUGAUAGAAUUGAGACAACUAUAUUUUGAUAUUGUUGUAUGUUUGACCUUGUAAUAGUUCUCUACAGUGUAAUGCAACUUAAUAUUAUAUGUGUGUGUGAGCGUGCAUGUGCCAUACCUGCCUGUGUAUGUGCGUGCUUGAACAUGAUCGUGAGUGUGCAUGUGUGCUUAGGGGCAGCUAGCCUCUUAAGAGAAUACAUUAAUUAGUUCUCCUUCAACACACAGGCUGUAUUAUAAUGAUCACUCUAUGACACUUUAUGUUGUAAAAAUAUCUGAAUAAACCAGUUUGUAUUUAUA